CGCCUGUGACUACAACAGCUGGGUGAACAGCACUGUAGAUGCUGCUCUUGUGACUUUCUGCAGUGAAAAUGACCAGACGCAGUUUGAGAACCAGGUCUGUAGCAAUGCUUCACUGAUUAAGAAAUUGCUGUCCGAUCAGAAGAACCGUUGGCUGUAUGCAUUUUGUUCCCACUCCUCUGCCGGCGCCAUGUACCUGGUGAGUCAGUUCUGCUUGUAUGAGCAGUGGCUCAACCAGCCUGCUCAGCUAGUGGACUCCGCCUUGUUGCAGUUGUGCUUAAGCUUUGAUGCUCCAAGACUGACCAGUCUCAUCUGUGAGCACACUGGACUCUUGAUGCUUCUCAUCUCCAAUCCUGACAACUGGCCGCUGAUGCCCAACUGUUCAGGCUCAUCUUCACCACCAGCGUUCACCUACCCUGAGUUACAGCCGGAUUACUGCCAGUACUCAGAGUGGCAUGACGCGAUGCAGAUUACCACAGAUAUCUUAUCAAAGUGCAUCCUCAUUGAUCAGAGUGGAUUCGCGAGAGAGGUCUGUCAGAACAAAACAUUUCUGAACAGCCUUCUGCAAAAUAAAGAGAUUGCGUGGCUCGAGUCCCACUGCAGCACCUCCAUGAUUUCUCCAAGCCCUGGGCCAAUGCAGUCCUUUAACCUGGCAGCAUGGUGCGACUACCACAACUGGGCUGAGAAGCAGGUAGACGAUUCAGUCGUCGGCCUCUGUUGGCAGAACGAUCAGGUUGCCUUUCAGGAGAAGGUGUGCUGCAAGGCAGCUGUGUUUGAAAAGCUUCUGGAAAACCCUCUGAACAAAUGGCUCACGUCCGUCUGCACUGACAUGGAGCAAAUAACCGUGACGCCACAGGUGUGCAAGUACUCUGACUGGACCCAUCCCAUCAUCGUGGACAUGACUGAUCUUGCUCUGUGUGCUGAGAUCGACCCACAGAACUUCACCUCCAAAGUCUGUGCUAAUAGCACAGUCCUUCAGAACCUGCUGGCCAAUCCAGACAACACCUGGCUGAUACGGCACUGCAGCAAUUAUUCAGUGAUUCCUACUCCAGGAGGUCAGACCAUCCGACCUGGAUUCAGUGCCAGUGAGCAGUGUCUGUACUCCAGAUGGAUCACUUCUUUUCCAAAUGCAACGCUCCUGGCUCAGUGCUGGGAGAAAGACCAGGCCAAUUUCAUCUCAUUUAUUUGCCCUGACGCUGGCAUCCUCUUGUUUCUGUCCCGGGAACCUUCCACAGCCUGGGUGAGCAGAAUUUGUAAGGCCUACAUCAACAGCACCACUACAGAACCUAAUCAUUGUGCAUCAGAAACUCUGAUCAAGCAGCUCAGCUUGAUGUGCCCAGACUACUUAUGUCAGCCUUGUGCCAGUCAGAACACGGUUUUGCAGAUGAUGGUGCACUGCUGGGUGAAGAGCGUGAACUCCAGGAUGGAGGGUCUGCUGACUACACCUGUGGCUGAAGUGUUGAAUCGAGCGGUUGCUGCAAGUGUGGUGAUCCUGCUGGCUGUGGAGGACUCUGUGGGUCCCAUUUGGCAAGUCAAUACCACCAUAAGACAAAGUGCUCUGACAUCUGUUGUUGACUACUUACAGAGAGAAAUCAACCAGAACAGGAAGAAGGUGUUGCUACAGUGCUUUGGGACCGUUCUCAGCAAUCUGCUGCAGAUGUCAAGAGAUGUGACUGGCAGUGAACUCCUUUUAAUCAAGGAGUACCUCAACCUGCCUUUGAGCAGCCUGAAGCCGGUGCUGACCGCUGCACACAUCAGCACCGUCAAACUAAUCCUUCAGUAUUACAACAGUUUCAUGAGCACCAUACAGCUAUCUAAAGAGUACCAGUCGACCAUGGUGUCAGUGAUACUUAAGACCCACCUGGCAACAGAUAGCAAUCUUCUUCUUGACCUGGGUUCUCUGCUGGUCGCAGUCAGUCCAGAUGAUGUCAAGACAUUCCCCUCCUUACAGAACAAUGACAAGUUGCGGAAGACCAUAAAUGCAAACUUGGGCUGGAUGAGCCUGGCCCUGCGCGAGGCCUUUGGCUUGUGGUACGGCAAAAUUUUAUCUCCCUCCAACAUCACUGGAGGUAAUCAGUCACUCAUCAGGGACACAGGAAACCUGAUCGCCUAUUUGCCUUUCCACCUCUUCCAACACCUCUCGGCUGCUCAGCUGUUGGAUGGACUGGAUGUGCUGCAGAGAAACACCCUCUCACCGCUAAAGCAGGUUUUCAUGGCCAACAAACUUAUUGGGACCUACAGGAACAUGACAGCUCAGGAUCUCGUCAGAUUGGGAAAUGUCUUAUGCCUGGCAGAGGCACGGGAUCUCUUUGUUUACAAAAACACUGAGGUCUUCCAGGUCAUCCAGGAGAUUAUCAUGAACUGCACACUUAGUGGACUCAGCAUGCCCAGCCAGCUGCAUUCAGAUCUCAUUCUGAGCAACCCAGAGUUUCAGAACCCGUCCUCACUCAGUUCUGUCCGACUGGAAGAGAUCGCUCCACUCCUGCCCUCGCUGGGCAUAACUUUCCUUAAUGGUCUGUCGGCGUCCCAGUUGCUCGCCGCUCUUCCUGCCCUCAGCACCAUACCGUUUACUCCAACACAGGCCUCCGUAAUAGUGGACAAACUUCUAACUAACGCACGGAUCCCAGACCAGCUGGAGGAGCUCGGUUCCCUCAUUGUUGGUGUAAAGACAGAGACCCUCCUGUCCCUCACUUCUGACAGACUGCUCUCUGCCAUGAAGGCCUUCGUUCAACACACUCCCGCUCGCUGCCGACCAUACAUGUCUGUCCUCUGUGCCCCGGAAGCAAACGCCAUUGCCACGAAACUAUGGGGCUUCCCUCAAGUUGUCAGCUGGUUGGACGAUGUAGAGCCUAUGCUCAGAUGGACGCCUCUGAUAUGUAUCCUGUCCAGAACUCAGCUUCUUGUGAAGAAUCUCUCUAACACCACCACGAAACACUGGAAAACACAGCAGGCUCAAGCAAUUGUCAAGGCAGUUAAUACUUACACAAAUCAAACCAAACCAAAUUUUCUGAGCCUGGGGACACUGUUUCAGGGUGUGAGCUGCAAGGACCUACAGCUACUUUUUCAGGCUGAUCGGUCGCCUUCUUUUGUGAGGAGGAUCUUGGCCCUCCUCAGGCAUCAGCCCGGUCUUCUUCACACUGCGCUGAAAAGGUGUGUGAUUGAGGAGGUGUACCCACUUCAGUUCUUCGCUGACCUUCUUCAAGAUCUUGGAGCUGAAAUUGCUUUGUGCAUACCGAUGGACAUCAUUAGGUUGUUUCCUGCAGAUAAGAUGGACAUUCUCAGGAAGAUGAUUGUUGCCUCCCCUCAGUACUUUCUCAUGUUAACUAGAAUGCAGCAGGAGAUUAUUGUGGACAAAAUCAUUCAGAGGAUGAACAUGUACACUGGGCCAUUCACUGAAGAGGAGUUUCGUUCUCUAGACAUUAUGGCCCCAUUUGUGGCGGAUGAAGUUUUCAUUCAGGUGGAUCGAAGCUUCUUCACUAAAAACCUGGAUUACCUCCAAAAACUUUGCUACAGCAGUAGCAAGAUGGAACUUGUGGCCCGUAUUCUUCAAGAACCGGCUGUUUUUGGGCCAGUGAAGAACUGGAACCAGGAAACGCUAACUGUAGUGGGACGGUUUCUCUUCUUCCUGCCUAGUAAAGUUUUGCAGGACUUGCCAUCGUCACUGAUGACAGUGGGGCGCAUAGAGAAGCUGUUCAUGAGCCAGCGUCAGUGGGAAGAUAGUGACGUGGGGAUCCUUUGCUCCGACAAGAACGAAACAAAGGAUGUUUUUGGCAAGCAGCAGUCUGUUCUGCAGUUUUUCCUGGGCUUCCUUAAAAUGGAUUAUUCGUCAUUGCCUCCGAUUGUUCCUACCUGUGAGAUUUUGCACACCACAGCCCCCUCUGCUUGGCCCUCCAGCAGCUUCAACAGCAUGUCUUCAUCGCACUUCUCCAACUGUCUGGAGCUGAUAGGCCAGGACCCAUUUCUUGAGUCCUACCAGCGUAUCGAGAUUCUCAAAAGAGUCAAAAAGAUAUACGGACCCGUCUCCUCCUUCUCCCAGUCUGUGAUUGCUCAGCUGGGUGGGAUAGCAGUAGAGCUGUCACCAGAGGAGCUGGGGACUCUUCGACUGACAGAGCGGCGGAGUAUUAGUGCUUUGGGAGCUCUCAACACAUGGAACAAAAGACAGCUGGCUGCACUGUUUACCGUCGUGUUAAGCUCUACCAAACUGACACCAAGUAAGCUUGACUCCAGUAUGCUGGUGGCACUGGGCCACAUUGUGUGUGGAGCUCAAAUCGCGGAGAUCAACACUUUCAACAACGUGGAGUUCAGUAAGGCGGUUCUCUGGCUGGGAAAGCUCAACCUGCCCUGCUCAGAGGAGCAGAUGGGGGCUUUGGUUGGGCUGCUCACCCACAGUCUCGCGUUUGGAUUCAUGAGUUCAUGGGGCACAGAUGUGUUCAUUGAGAUUGGAGUGCUGGCAGCCGGUCUUCCUGACUUUGCCAUGUCAUCUCUGGUGAAAGAGCAAAUCGAAGGAAUCUCACCCAUGGCUAUGUCUAUGAUACCACCUAAGAAGUUUUCUGUGGUAUUUCACCAGAACCAGAUCAACAUGUUCACCUAUGAGCAGGCUUAUGCACUGACUCCACAGCAGCGCUCGGCUCUGAAUGAUGUCCAGAAGAGAGCCAUAGACAUGGUGCUGACUUGCUGGAAAAGAAAAAUAGAUUUGUCAGCAGGGCUGGCACAGAGCCACAGCCUUCUGUGCAUCAUACUGGGACUGCUGAUGGUGCUGGCCAUCCUGCUCUGACCCGACACAUGAACCUGCUCACUCUACUGGAUCAGAAGCUCCAGCACAACAAUAAAAACACAUCUCAUUUGCAAUUCUGUACUUUGAAACAUGUCAAUUAUUGAAAUCACAAUGUGUUUUCAGCAGCAAUCAAUCAGUUUGCUAUCCAUAGCUUUAUAGAUUAACUCGUGGCAGACAAAAAUAUGUAGACAGUAUUUAUUUUUUUAUAAGCCUAAUUGAAUCCAUGCUGCCCUAAUUUAUUAUUCUCUAUACGCAAUGUAUUAAAACAACUUCUGCCUCAAACCUACAGAUUUGAGGCAGAAUAU